AUGAAGUCUACAACCCUCCUCUCACUCCUCUCCCUAGCCUCCACCGCCCUUUGCCAUGCAUACAUCAAAGAACUCGUAAUCGGCGGUCAAACCUACGCCGGCUUCGAUCCAUUCUACCAAUCCUCCCCGCAAGGAGUCGUCCAACCCUGGGACACCAACAACCGUAACACCGACGGCCCCAUGCGACUCUCCGACGGCGACGGCAUAAUCUGCGGUCGCAACCCAUCCCCAGCUCAAAACGUCGCAAAAGCCCAGGCGGGAAGUCAAAUAACCUUCCGCUGGUCGCGAUGGCAGUCAAAUCACCAGGGACCCAUAAUAACGUACCUUGCCGACUGUGGUGGGGAUUGUAAACAAGCCCGUGGGGCGAAUUUACAAUGGUUUAAAAUCGACGAGGCCGGGUUGUUACAACAGGGUUAUUGGGCUACAGAUCAUUUGAUCAGACAGGGGUACGAGUGGAAGAUACAGUUGCCGCAGAAUAUUAAAUCCGGACAGUACUUGAUGAGACAUGAGAUGAUUGCAUUGCAAUUUGCUACUCAGCAGAAUGGCGCGCAGUUUUUCACCAGUUGUACGAAUCUCGAUAUUGAAGGUGGGACGGGUCAGUCGGUCCCUCAGGGUGUUAGACUUCAGGAUUAUUAUACCGGCGCUACUCAGGGAUUGUUUGUGAAUAUUCAGGGUUUGGGGUCUUAUCCUAUCCCCGGACCACAGGUUACUCAGGGUUUGGGGGUUACGCCGAGUACUCAGCUGAAUGAUGGGAGUAAUAAUAACCCUAGCUUUCCACAGACGUUUCCUAAUGAGCCUACCGAUGAUAAUGGUACGGUAGCGAAUGUUCAUUUGGAUUAUGCUGGUGGAAGUUCUGGUGGUGCUCAACAGGUUCAGCAACAACAGGGGCAGCAGCAAGGACAGUAUGUCUAUUAUCCUGGAUAUGGGUAUUACUACCAGUAUCAGAAGAGAGAUGUCCAUGGAGAUAAGCAUAAAAAUAUGAAGAAGAGGAAUUCGGAGAUUCUGGCGAGGAGGAUUAGAAGGCAGGUUGUGGCGGAGGUAACGGGCAAGAAAAUCUAA